AUGGGCUCUAUCGCUGUCUCUUCUCAACCCCAUGUACCCCCUGCGGGAGUAUGGUGUCCCGCCGUGACUUUCUUCGAUCAUGAAAACGACACAUUGGAUCUAGCAUCGCAAGCGCAGUAUUUCGCAUACCUUUCAACCACCGGACUUGCUGGUCUAGUUAUCCUAGGCACCAACUCCGAAGCCUUCCUUCUCACCCGCGAAGAACGAUCCCAGCUCAUUGCGACGGCACGAAAGGCUGUCGGUCCCGAUUUCCCUCUGAUGGCAGGUGUUGGAGCUCAUUCAACAAAACAAGUACUCGAGCUUGCGAACGAUGCCGCAGCUGCGGGCGCCAAUUAUCUGCUAGUUCUCCCACCAGCCUACUUCGGCAAGCCGACCACCAUGAACGUGGUAAAGCGAUUCUUUUCCGAGGUCGCAGCGAAAGCGCCCCUUCCCGUGAUCAUGUACAACUUCCCAGGCGUGUGCAAUGGGGUCGACCUAGACUCAGAAACCAUGACUGCGAUCGUUCGGGAAUCAGCCGCUGCUAGUUCCAACGGCAAAUCCAACGUGGUAGGUGUCAAACUCACCUGUGGCUCGGUCGGAAAGAUCACGCGCCUGGCUGGAACUUUCUCUCCUGAAGAAUUCGCAACUUUCGGUGGACAGUCCGACUUCCUCAUUGGUGGUUUGGCUGCUGGUAGUGUUGGAUGUAUUGCGGCUUUUGCGAACGUUUUCCCCAAGACAGCGUCCCAGAUCUAUACACUUUACAAGAAGGGUCAACUGGAGGAAGCAACAAAACUCCAAAGAAAGGCCGCUCUCGCCGAAAGUCCCAUUAAGAGUGGUAUUGCAUCAACCAAGUAUGCAGUCUCCUCAUACUCUGCUGUCGCGGCGGGGAUCUCAGAUGCCGAGGCUAAGCUGUCACCACGUCAUCCAUACGAACCUGCUGGUGACGCGGUCAAGAAAUCGAUAGCGAAGGACAUGGCGGAGGUCGCAGAGAUUGAAAAGAGCCUCUGA